UGUGGUAUUAUUGCAUACCUAGGGUUAUCACAAUGCCCAGUCAUAUCAUGCUUUCUUACCAGUGGGAUGACCAGACACUGGUGAAGAAGGUAUAUGACAGGCUUAUGGAGAAUGGCUUCCAGGUGUGGAUGGAUAUUGAAGGAGGGGUCUCAGGCAAUAUCAAUGACUGCAUGGCUGCUGGUGUGGAGGAAGCAGCCGUUGUGUGUCCCUUCAUGACCCCUGCUUACCAGGCCUCACGAAGCUGCAAGAAAGAGUUGAACUAUGCUGACGUGCGACAGAAGCUCAUCGUCCCCAUCAUGGUGACCAAAAACUGGGAGGCCAGUGAGUGGCUGGGGCUCCUCACUGCUGGCCAGCUCUGGGUUGACUUCAGGAAUGUGGACAAGAGUGAUGAGCACUUUGAGAAGUGUGUGAAGUCUUUGGAAGAAGAAAUCUUGUUUGUGGCUGGAAACAUCUUGACCAUUCAGGAACCUACCUGUGUUCCGGACAACACUCCAGACAGAAAGAGACUUAAGCGAAAACUAGGACGUGGAUUUCGCCACGCUCUUACACAACUAUAUCUUCGAGAAUCAGGGGAACAAAAAUUCCACCCAGUAAGUGAUACUCGAAACACAGUGGAACUCCACUACAGCCCCGGAGACAACGGCUUCUGGGAGGAGAUCAAAGGCAGUGGCUGCAAGCACUAUCGCAAUGUGGUAACCAAUGGAUACCUUGGUAAACCAUGUUAUAUGUUCUGGCCAUGUUAAACGAUGUUCCUGCAAUGCUUCAUGUUCUGUCACCACAUUUCUGGUAGACUGACCUUUGCAUUGAGAGUUGUUGCCUUCCUUAAAGAGCCACCUUCUGUUGGUCUUCACACAUGAACACCCUGACAUUCUACUGCAGAAUGUGGCAUAAUGUAAAACACAUAGAUCAAUCAAGGAUGAAAAGGCAUGGCAUGCUGGCCUGUGAACAGUUCCAUUUUUCUUGAUGCUUACUAUAUAAAAAGCUUAUCAGGACCAAAUUACUUUGGGCAAGGGAACACCAAUGUUCAUCGGUGUGUGUGUGAGUAGAAAAUGGGAGUAGAAAAGAGUAUGCCUUCAUUUAUGUGCUUGUAACAUACUGCACGGCCUGGGCUGCAGGUACCAUUCCUGUCUGAAGGUGCCGAUCUUAUAUCACGACAGUUUUUAUUAAAAAAUGUUUUAAUACCGACUCAUUCCUUGCUCCAGUUUGACUUUUUGUGGGUGAAAAAAAAACAAUGUUUACUUUUACUGUGACUUGCAGGAUUUGACGCCAAUGGGGACUACUUGUACACCAAAGCAAAUCCUUACGGAGCAGAAGAAUGGCUCCUCAUGGUGGACGAAACUGACCAGAGUCAUGAGAGGGCAGUGGUCAUCAAGAACAAACAUUCUGGAAAGUUCUUGGCUGUUCAGGAGGGCUG